AUGAUCACGCUUUUGCGUUUCGAGACAUGUUAUCACAGUGUUCCCAAACGAGCGGCAGCUGUGGUCAGUAGGCGUGGAGUAGGCGUGGCUGACUGCAACAGCGGCACGGUUUAUUGCAAUAGGGGCGCGGGAAUGAGAGUCAAGUUUGUGGAUUUAGUGGUUGGAAAAAGACCAUUAAAUGAUGUUUUUCCUAGGUUCUCGCAAGUUUUCAAAGAUUUUUGAUGUGUAUUAAAUUAUAAUUUUUGAUGUGUAUUAAAUUUCCGUGUAAAAUCUUCACUCGAAGUGGUGCUCUCAUUCUGAGGCUUCCACCUAGAGCACGGUCUCCGGGCUCCAGCUACACCAUCCACUACAUUCUGAGCUCGUCAAGGCGCAACUGGAUGGACUACGCGCAGAAGGACGAGGCGAAGGACCGUAAGACCAUGCUUUCAACUCUUUCGACUACACGUUUGGACUUCUAG